GGUAAUAUAUUCUUUCAUUGUAAGAGGGUUCUGCACUUUACCCUACUUAUAUUUAUAAAAAUAAAAUAAAAAAAUAAAUGACAACUUGCAUCUGGUCUGUUGAUAGACAGAUAGACCUUUUCACAGGCGUCCAAUCACAGCUGACUUCCGGAAAAGGGGAAGUAACCAAUGGCGUUAGAGAUAACAAUUAAAACAGCAAGCCCCGCCCCACGACUGACAAAAAUAGAAGUGUUCGCGCGAGCAGGUGAGAGAAGAUCGAGCGCGAGGAUGUGGGGGAUGAUCACGCGCGCGAGGGCUUGUAUUGCGCGCAGAGGACAAGUGACGCGCGCGCGAGUGUUUGAAAUGAGCUCGUGUGCUGCCGUUUCCUCGCGUGUAGAUCUGUUUUCCUCUCGCGGAAGUGAUUUACCGCGCGCGCCAGCAUAAGUGGUGCGCUCGGUUAUUAAUGGCAUAGAUUUGACGCCAUACUUAUUGCACUUCAACGGUUAAACAAUACACACAACAUACAUGUAUAUUAUAUCAGUGUAGCAGCGUAAUAUAGCUACUGCUGUCUAUGCUGUUAAUAUGAUUCAAACAAAAAAAUAAAAACAAAGCAGCUUAAGAAGAAUAAAUUUGGCAGACUGUGUACCGCUUAUUCAGGGGAGGAGCUACAAUAUUAGAGUGAGAGGGGGCCUGUUCCAGUUUGGCGUCAAACAUUUUUCAACAUUUUUGUUUACUAGAAUAUUUUUAUAGAAUUUUUUCAAGAAUCGUAUUGAGGAACAUAAUUACAAACUUGGAAUUUUUUGUCAGUCUGGCCCCAGAUUUUUAUAGCAAAUCAAUGGUUAUUCAUUUCUGGUUAAAUGUUAAGUUAAUACUGAUGUAUAACAAUAAGAGACUGAAUGAAAUAAAUGAUUCCUUUCUAAAGAAUGGGUAACACUUUAGUAUAGGGAUCAAUUCUCACUAUUUAGUAGUUGCUUAUUAGCAUGCCUGUUAUUAACACAUUGGCUGUCCAUUAGUACUUAUAAAGCACAUAUUCUGCAUGACCAUGAUCUACAUCCAUAAUCCUACCCAAUACCUAAACUUAACAACUACCUUACUAACUAUUAAUAAGCAGCAAAUUAGGAGUUCAUUGAGGCAAAAUUCAAGAAUGUGCUAAUACGGUGAUUUAGUGGUUAAGUACUCUCUGCUCCACUAUAGUGGCAGUAAACGAAAGUUUGAAAUUGGCAGUUUAUGACGAAAUAUUCUAGGUUCUUCAUAUUUUUCCUUUCUCUAACAGAAAUAUUACAAACAAACAUUUAUUUGUUUUUCUUAAUUACUUUCCUUCCUGUUAGUCUUUUCCUUCAACUAACAUAAGCCAAUUCCUUAAUGACACUGUUCUCUAAUGAGCAAGUAUUAGCAGUGCAUGUUAUGAUUUUUUGAAAUACUUUAAUAUGAUAAUAUCAAAACUAACUUUAAGUUGACAUGCUCUUGUAAGUUAACUAUCAAUCUGAUGGCUGACUUUAAGCUCUAUAUUUCCUUCCUGUCAGGUUCCAUUCUAUUAAAUUUUAUUUUGUCAUUGAGUGACAGUAACAAGUGCAAGUUCUUGACAAGAUCAUAUUUAUAGAAAAAUACUCCUACAGGCAGAGCAGUUUUUGAUAGCACCACAACGUUAGCACUUCAGAAUGCAAAUGCUUUUCAUCUUGAAUACCUUUUCUUUUUUGCUGAUAUCACGUAGGCCUUGAGGAAUAUUUAAUAAUGUUAAUCAACACCCAAAUAGCUAUUUAGGUAUUGUUUUUUGUUUGUUUUUUUACUUGCAUUGGUCUCACUCCAUUCUGGUAUGUAACGUUCACUUUCAUGAUCCAAUCAGUUCCCCAUAGAUCAAAACUUUUCUUGUUGAAUAUCCUAUAUCACUUGUAAAUGGGUCACAUUAUGAAAAAAUAAUAUGCAGUAAAUGACAAUUCACAUUGACAUUAAGUAGUUUGUUAAAACAAGUAAACAUAUUUAUUUGAAUCUGUAGGAACACUUUAUUGAAGUAAUUUAUGAUGUGAUGACUUUAAGCAAAGAUUUUUUGUUACCAUUGGCAACUAAAAAGUCAUCAGUCAUGGUAUAAGGUAAGCUUAGGGCUUCUUGCAAGAGACAGGAAGUGGUAACUCCUUAGACUUCCUGUGGUUCUGUACAUAAACGAAGCUCUGUAAAAACUACUUUGGCUGCACUAGAUAUUUUGCUAUAGUUUUCUCAUACAUAUUAUUUACUCAAACAUAUUAUCUCAUAGGUUUUCAUAUUCGGUGUUUAAAUUUUUGUAUGUUUGCAUAUAUACUAAAAUGUACAAUAUUGAUGUAUUGGUAGCAUAUAAAACGUAAAAGUAUUUAACAAUUCUCACAAUUUUUAUAUUUUUUAUUAUAAAUAUAUAUUUACAUUUUAGUAUUAUAUAGAUACAUUGAACAAAAUUAUAAAUGCAACACUUUUGUUUUUGUCCCCAUUUUUCACGAGCUGAACUCAAAGAGUUGAUCAGGUUGUUGAUUGUGGCCUGUGGAAUGUUGGUCCACUCCUCUUCAAUGGCUGUGCGAAGUUGCUGGAUAUUGGCAGGAACUGGAACACGCUGUCGUAUACACCGAUCCAGAGCAUCCCAAACAUACUCAAUGGGUGACAUGUCUGGUUCAACCAUCCUGGACAAGGUUCAAACACUCUGAAACCACUACAGACACAGUAGAUGAGGUUUGACACUGUCAAUGACGAAAGAAGACAAACUAAGAAGAACAACCAUCAGAAACGGACACAGACACAAAGCCCACUAACAAAUAAAAAGAACUGGUAAGAAACAACGCAGAUGAAAAGCACCCGUGAUUCAAGGAUUUGAAAAUACAAGUUAAGAAGUACAAGAAAAGAGAAACAGAGAUGAUUAUCCUGGCCACUAUUCUGAUAUUGAUGUGUGUCAUUGUCAGCGACACCACAAAUGGGUCUGAGAUGAAUUGUUAUCCAGUGAUCAGAGUGCCACGAAACACAGUGUUUCUAGCUCCUGUUAUGAGCGUGUUGAAGAUAAACUGUACUAUAACUCUACCUGGAUGUCACAGGAACCCAAGAGUCUCAUGGUGCAAAACCUACGGAAAUGACUGCAAAGCUUUAAAUUACACAAAUCACAUAAGAACUGAGUGGAAGAGCAUCACAGAACAUGAAUGGAUGGCUUUCUUUAUUUUCCUGAAUAUCUCAAUGGAGGAUACAGGUUUCUACAGAUGUAAAGAAGGAGACACGACUAUAGGUCAUGCUAUUAAUGUGACUGUGACAGAUAAUGGGGAGGAUAAGGUUUCACACAAUCAAAGCAACACAAGUAAGGACAUGACCAUUACUGUACAUGAUCUAAAUACACCUCCAAAUGAUGGUCUGCAGUGGCUCUGGUAUGUUCUGUACAUCUGCAGUGGAAUAGUGUUGCUGGUCUUCACAAUUAUGAUUGUAUCAUUCCUUUAUAUCAUUAGACGCCAAGGGAGAAAGUCUACAAGAAAAGAUAUGGCAAAUAAAAAUCAGUACAUGGAAACAGAAAAAAAUGACCUGCUUCUUCCUCCCAAUCUCUGUCUGAACUCAGACGUGCUGACCUCUGUUGUAUACCGUGUUUAAGAAACUAUACUCUCACUUAAAGAAAAGGUACACAACUGUCACUGGGGUGAUGCCCUAAGGUACAAAAGCUAAAAAUGUACAUCUUUGUACCCUAUUUACGCCUAAAUGGUACAUAUACUUUAAAGGUACACAUUAGUACUUUAAACAUACAUAUUAGUACCUUUAUAAAGGGUACCACCCCAGUGACAAUUUUGUUCCAUUUUUGUACAAGUGUACCUGUGCACUGAUGCAGAGCAGCAUCAGAAGAACAGAAUGUUAUUUAAUAUGCUUCUGAAUCAUCAGGCAAUGUGAAGAGAAUUUUUUUCAUUCAGUUGUUAAUGUCAAGUUUAAAGAUUAAGUGACUGCAAUACUUCAGAAAUUCAGUUUAUAUAUAUUGCAGUUCGGAUUGCUUUGAAGUAGUAAUAUGACCAACUGUGGAAAUUAUUAAAUCCACAAUUGCUUCAGAAAUUAUUUGUUGUAUUUGCGAAUUGCUGAUUGUUAAUACAUUUUUCUUUAAUAAAUUCCUCAUAAAACAUCACAAAACACAAUAUAUACUACCCUUUUUUUUGCUUUUACAUUGAUAAGAUAUCUAGAUAAACCCGCUAUCCACAAAAAAAAAAAGAAAAAGAAAGAAAAAUACAGCAUAUAUUAUAAGAUAGAUGGGCAAACCAAUGAAUUCAGAAAGAGGUAUGUAUAAAGAUAUGUAACUGAUAAGGAAUUAUUGGUUAUAUAUUUUCUACUGUUUAACAUGUUAU